AUUGCCCUUGUGGUGGUGGUUGGAUCUGUUGCAUGCCCCCGGAGCGCAGCAUGAAAUAAGGCUUCAAAUCAGGAUCAUGGCGGCUCCGCUCGGCCGGGACGCGCUGCCUGCAUACUGUUCUUACGGGGUCUGCAAAGAUGGCCGGGUCUUUUUUAUCAAUGAUGAAACUCAUCGCACCACUUGGCUCCAUCCCCGAACUGGUGAACCUGUCAACUCCGGACAUAUGAUGCGAUCAGAUCUACCGCGAGGAUGGGAAGAAGGAUUCACAGACGAGGGGGCCAGCUAUUUCAUCAACCAUAACCAGAGAACCACAACUUUCCGGCAUCCUGUGACUGGCCAGUUAUCUUCUGAGAACGGUAACUUCAGCGUCAGAGAGCAGUCAAACCCCCGCAUGUCCAUGCCGCAUCCCAGCCAGCGGCCCUCCAGCAUGGUCAGCGAGUCUUCUGCAGCUGUCACCUCGUCCACGGUGGAUGCUGUCUCCGGACUAAAGGGCACCAAGUCCGGGGGAAAGGUCCACAACUUCGGAAAGAGGGACCACGCCAUCAAACGGAACCCAAAUAUACCGGUGGUGGUGAGGGGCUGGCUCUUCAAGCAGGACAGCUCCGGAAUGAGGCUGUGGAAGCGGAGGUGGUUUGUCCUGUCCGAUUUCUGCCUGUUUUAUUACAAAGACAGCCGGGAGGAGACGGUCUUAGGCAGUAUUCCCCUGCCCAGUUAUGUUGUCGCCCCGGUGGACCCCGACGACCACAUCAGCCGCAAGUACGCCUUCAAGGCGGUGCACACAGGGAUGCGCUCCUACAUUUACAACAGGCACUCUGUGAUUGGCUCACAGGCCGAACACAGCGGUAUGCGCACGUACUACUUCAGCGCCGACACCCUGGAGGACAUGAACGGUUGGGUCCGUGCCAUGAACCAGGCGGCACUCAUGCAGACCCAUGGGCUCAGUAGGGAGGCGACGAAGUCUAAGAAGGAUGGCAAGCUGGCCGCCCCGCAGGCGAAUCACGUCAAUGGAAAGCAGAAAAGCCCCGCCCAUCUGGAUGACACGUGGCAGCCUGGGAAGCCGGAGAAAGUGAACAGCUUUGAGAGGUCCGACCCGGGACGCGGGGAGCGCUAUGGCUUCCGGAAAGACGAGGGUCACGCUCCAGGCCGGUCACCGUCCAGAGGCAGGAAUGUAGACGCCUUUUCCCCAAACUCUUCCUUCUCGCGGGCCCCGUCGGUGCCCCCCGUGCACAAGAUGGGCGUCCAUCCCGAGCAUAAUGGUGGCGUUCCGCACGGUCGGGGCGUGGCCUCCCCCAUGGAUGUGGAGCAGCAGAGGAAGAACACGCUGGCCCAGGUGGAGCACUGGGUGAAGGUGCAGAAGGGAGACCCCAUGAGCCUGCUGCCCUCUGAGCACACGCUCCAACGGAGAAGCGUGCGGCCGCAGGCAAAUGCCGUGGAUCCCUACCCGUCGUUGCCGAAGGCCUCGCGCCACUCGAUGGGCGCUACCCCCCCUCUGGCGCCCCGUCACCUGACCGGCGACUACAAGUACGCCCAGGACCGGCUGAGUCACCUGCGCAUGUCCACGGACGAGCGCGUGGCCCAUAAGGAGGACACCGUGUGGCAGCUCUACGAGUGGCAGCAGCGGCAGCAGUUCCGCUACGGCAGCCCGACGGUGCCCAUGUACGGCAUCGAUCCCGCCUCCUUCAGGGCAGCCCUGGAGGUUCCCCGCUCCAUCUCGGUGCCUCCGUCGCCCUCCGACAUCCCCCCUCCGGGGCCUCCGCCGAAGACCCUUUCUCCGCGGAGGCUUCACGCACCCUCCGAGCGGGUGACCGUACGACCGCCGCACGAGAGGCCACCCGUGGUAGUGCCUCCUUCAGGCUCCCCCCUGCAAAUGCGCACCCAGCUGUCCAAGACUUCUCAGAUGGAGAGGCGAUCUAUGCCGUCCAUGGGCUAUAUCACGCACACAGUCAGCACCCCUAGUUUACAUGGUAAAUCGCCGGAGGAGCUUACCUUGCUCCUCAUUCAGCUCAGGAGACACCAGGCCAAGAUGGCGGGCCUGCGCAACAACACCACGCUGGCCCAUCUGCAGCGGCACAGUGCCGUCUCCGGGCCCAGCCUCCAGGCUGAUGAUACUUACAUGCAGUUGAAGAAGGACCUGGACUAUCUAGACCUGAAGGUGCCUGGAUGCGAGAUGUUAAAAGACAAAACAACGAAACCUGUAAAAAUAGCCGAGAGCGAUGUGGAUGUGAAGCUGAGUAGGCUGUGUGAGCAGGACAAGAUCCUUCAGGACCUGGAGACACGCAUCCGGACGUUAAAGGAGGAUAAGGACAAGCUGGAGUCGGUACUGGACAUGUCCCACCAGCAGAUGGAGCAGUACCGCGACCAGCCAGCCCAUACCGAGAAGAUUGCUUACCAGCAGAGGCUGCUACAAGAAGAUGUGGUGCACAUCAGGGCCGAGAUCUCCCAGCUGUCCACGGAGAUGGAGAAUGCUUGGAAUCAUUACAGCCGGCUGGAAACAGACCUGGAGCAUUUAAGGGAGGCCUUGCAGGACCAGAUGAACCGGGACAUCCUGUCACAGCAAGAGAAGGGUCAAAUGAGGAAGGAGUUGUGGAGGAUCGAGGAUGUCAUGGCGGGGCUAAGUUCCAGCAAGGCCAACUACAAGGUCACCAUAGAGUCUAUACAGAAUCCAGAGAGAAAACUCGUGCCUUCAGUGUCGUCGUCCUUUGUGCCUUCGCUGUCCGUGAGUGUCUCCACGUCAGCUGUCAAGCCGCCCCAGCGAGGCCCCGCCCCUGAUAGCCGGCUGUCGCAGCAGCCGACGUGGAGCCCCCCAGUGUACCAACAGCCUGCGCCGACGUGGGUCGAUGAGGACGUCCCUCCCAGACCCCCCCUGCCCUACCUGUACAGCCCUGAUGAGCAGCCCCCCGUCGUGCCCCCCCUCCCCAAGGAGGCGUCGGUCAUCCGACACACGUCCGUCCGGGGCUUGAAGCGCCAAUCCGACGAGAGGCGGCGAGACAGGGAGGUUGGCCCGUACAUCAACGGAGACUACAAGGGGGAUAUCCGGCCGUACUUAAGUGAGCCGGACCUGCUGGGGUUGGGAGAACCGGACUUGAGCUACGAGGUGCUGGAGCCGGAUGCCGGCUACCAGACGUUACCGAGCAAAGGCCCGGCCAGCUCCAAUUCAAGGCUGGAUCCCGCCUCGUUCGUGGUGCUUAGAAGGGGAUCGCCCGCAUCUGGCCUGAAGGAGAGACCAAAGAGUGCCCUGGAGCGGCUAUACUCGGAGGAGCCUCGGCGUGGGGCCCGCAUGAGUGCCGACGAGCAGGUGGAGCGCAUGAAGAGGCACCAGAAAGCGCUGGUGCGAGACCGCAAGCGCACACUGAGCCAGGGGGAACGCCAGGGGGGCGGAACCCGGGCCUCCUCCUCCUCCUCCUCCUCGUGCCCCCGGCCCCUCUCUGCCGACCUGGGCUCAUGGAGACGGGAGCAGGAGUUCGACUUGCAGUUGCUGGACCGGGCGGUGCAAGGUGAGGAGCAGCACCCCGAGAACCAGGAGCGCCAGCGCUCGCAUUCGGACGAGUGGCUGGUCAUGAAGGACAAGCCCUCGCGGGAGCCGGACCAGGAGCCUCUGGACUACAGUCUUGACCUCACCCGCGAGCUCUCCAAGCCACAGAAGGUGUCCAUCCCAGAGCGCUACGUGGACUCAGACCCUGAGGAGCCACUGAGCCCACAGGAGAAGGAGGCUCGUAACCGCAAAGUUGAGCGCAUCAAGAGCAUCCUGGCUAAAUCCAGUCUUCAGAAACUCCAGCCGCCGAUUGCGCCGUUGAGGCCGGACUUCGUGGACAUGGACCAAGCCUUGCAGGAGCAGGAGCGCAUAAUCACCAUCUCUUACACGCUGGCGUCGGAGGCCUCGCAGAGGAGCAAGGAGGUGGCAGUGCCACAGCAGCUGUGCAGUUCCUCAGCCCCCCUUCCUGGUUCUGCCACGCAAACGGCGCGACCCCCCCUAAGCAAUGGAUUUCACUACACGUUUGUCUGAUAGAGAACAAACAAAAGAGGCGGAGUGGCGGGGGCGUGUACCUGUCAGCGGUCUAUUAAGCCAAAGCCGUGUCACAACACUGAGGUGCUACCACACAGGGACCAGACGUGAUGACCUGGACUCAAGAAGUCAGAAGAACUGUGUCGGGCUGCAGCAUUAAAUCACCUGUAACAUAGAUCCUUUAUUGCAGAGCACUGAGAGAUGAAUAGAAGACUAGUUUUUGUAACACUUUUUAAAUAAAAAAAGAAAAGGGAAAAACAAGCUGAAAUUAAAUAUUUUGUAAAGGAGAUCCAUAGCGUGGCGGCUGCUGUGAAUGUAUUACUGUCAACAUUAAUCUGUUUCAUACUUAAUAUUGCACUUCUAACAUAAGCUGUAUUGUAGUGAAGAUUUGAAACACACCAUCGCCUCUCGUUAUAUGGACAGAAAUUUGACAGAAAAAUCCAAGGGAAUUCUAAGGCGGAAUUAUUCUGGUGAGCUCGCCAGGAAAUUGGAAAAAAAUACAUAUAUUUCAUCAUUUCUUCAUUUCUAUAAAUGAGUAUAUUCAUAAAGUGAAAAGAGUAAAAUAUUUUUGUUUGACCCAGCACUGCCAGUUAAAGCACCAUCUUAGCUUGCUAAAUGAAUUUUAUUUUUGCUAACAACACUGGGAUAAAAAAAAAAUAAUAAUAAAUAGUAAAAAAUAACUUAAUCUUUAGGAAAAUUUUCUGGAGGGAAACGCAACGCAGAAUGGGUUCGUAAAAUGCAAUUUGUUAAAAACUGUAAAUUGUAAAGAAUUAAUCAGAUAUUUUUUGCCUCAUUAAAUAUUUUGUCAUACUGUUGAAUCCAAAUGUAUUAUAACAAUAUCUCUUGCCUUGUAGUGGAAUACAGGAGUCUCAUGAAAAAGCUGUCUUCAGAUAUGGUUUCUCAUCUAAGAGUCAUUUGUAUACAAUUUCAUGUAUACAGGUAACCAAUAAAGAUGUAAACGCUUGGAAAAU